AUGGCGCCUAACCAACAUUCUCCUGAGGGCAGUUUGAACUUCGGCAAGAAUUACGCCGUACUCAAUCUUGACUUGAUGACGGUUCUCAUAGAUGCCGUCAAGAACACCACCGAAGGACGAGCGUUCAUUUCUAGCUGUGCGCGUUGGAUUGACGCCGUUCACAAAAAAGAUCUGCGCCCUCCGACCAUCUUUACGACUCUCUUCUUUAAUCCAGGAGAGCCCGAGUUAGCACAAGACGCUCCAUUCGGAAAGCUCAUCCGAGACUUCGGUUCUUUCGCCGCUGGGUCUUCUGUAGUGCAGAUAGCAUCCAAUUUCGAGGUAGAUAGCAGAGACAUCGUACUUCAGAAAACAAGGUGGUAUGCCGGCUCGGGAAAUAUACUGGAGCAGAUUUUGAAGGCACGAAAUAUUGACACCGUCAUCAUAUCUGGUUUGAGCCUCUCCGGAGUCGUAAUGAGCACGGUUUAUCGUUUGUUUGACCUAGAUUAUAAUAUCUACGUUAUCUCGGACAACGUGUUAGAACUGCCGCUGGACCAGUAUCAAAAAUACUCUCAGGUCAUUCUAGGGAGCCUUUUGCCGAAAAUGAACUUGCGGGUAAUUUCCAUCGACGAGGCCUUGAGGGGGUUGGAGCAAUCUUAG